AUGGUUUGCAGUUUGUGGAGCUGUACAUAUGUGGAUUUGGCAGUUCUAGAUGCUGAUCAGACGGCUGGGGGAGUCUUGAUUAUGUGGGAUAGAAGGGUUUUAGAAAAGUUAGAGGUUCUGGUGGGUUCGUUCUCGGUGUCGGUUCAAUGGAAAGGGGUGGAGGAUGGUUUUAUUUGGGCUUGUUCAGGGGGGUAUGGCCCAAAUGACAACAAUUUGAGGGGUUAUAUGUGGGAUGAGUUGGUUGGUAUUCAGCAGUACUGGAAUGUUCCCUGGUGUUGUUUUGGGGAUUUUAAUGUUUUCCACUUUCCUAGUGAACGGAGGGGUGGAUCUCGACUUACCUUGGCUAUGGAAAAGUUUUCUGAAUUUAUCGAGGACCAUAAUUUGAUAGACUUGCCUUUGGAGGGAGGGAGUUAUACAUGGUCCAGUGAUUAUUUCCCAAUUCUUUUGGAGGCAGGGGGUAUGGUGAGGGGGAAAAGUCCCUUCCGGUUUGAGAAUAUGUGGUUGAAAAUGGAUGGUUUUGUUGAUAAAGUUGAUUCAUGGUGGAAUCAUCAUUCUUUCUCAGGUACAUCUAGUUAUGUGUUCGCUAAAAAAUUGAAAACUUUGAAAGAAGACAUUAUUCAGUGGAAUCGCCAAGAAUUCGGUAAUGUUGACUGCAAGAAGAAAGAAUUAUUGGGGGCUUUAGCGACGCUAGACGCUAAGGAUGGGGCUCUUGGACUCACUGAAACAGAGAUGUUUGAGAGAAACGAAGUGAGAUCACAAAUAGAGUAUCUUCUUUCUCUAGAGGAGAUCUCAUGGAGACAGAAAUUGAGAAUGUUGUGCAUUAAGGAGGGUGAUCAUAAUACUAAUUUCUUCCACAAGAUGGCUAACUCCCAUAGAAGGCAUAAUCAUAUGAGUUUCUUAGAAGUGGAUGGGGUGAUUUAUGAGGAAGGAGCAGAAGUGGCUGCUCAAGUAGUUCAAUUUUAUAAAACUCUAUAUCAAAAGACCGAAGAGUGGAGACGUUUUGUGGAAGGUUUAGAGUUUGAUCAAAUUGAGGAGGCGGAGAGGGGUUGGAUGGAGAGGAGGUUUGAGAAUGACGAGAUAAUACAAGUGGUUAGAAAUAUGGAAGGGGAUAAAGCUCCAGGUCCAAAUGGCUUUUCUAUGGCAUUUUUCCAACACUGUUGGAGAGUGGUAGAAAGUGAUGUUUUAGUAGUUUUUUAG